UCACUUCAAAGAAAAUAGAAAGAUCGUAUUAUAUCCAAAAUAUAGGAAUAUGGCAAAGUCACUAGUGAGCUACACAACUUUCAUUGCUCUCCUCUUGUGCUUCCUCCUCAUUUCAUCCAAUGAGAUGCAAGCUGCCGAGGGCAAACUUUGCCGAAGGAAGAGCAAGAUAUUAGGUGGCUCUUGUUUGAUUAACAGAAAUUGUAACAAAGACUGCAAAGAGAAAGAGGGGGCAGAGAGGGGUAUGUGCCUUAAAAACGACGUCUUUAGACACUAUUGCUACUGCUUCCACAAGUGCAAAUAAGUAUCGAAUGCUCUCAGAAUUCUCGUUUCUUGUGUAUGAUAAAUAAAAAGUGAUAUGUCGUCAUGUGUGUGAAAGAAUAAAUAUACUACCAAUUCACUAGAAUUGUAAUGAUUGUGAGAAAAUAUUACUAAAUUAUGUUUGUAUUAUCGUAUUGUACGUACGAUCGUUUUCUUUUGGUCCGUACGGUAGUUUUUGAUAGGAAAUGAAAUAAUCCAAAUAAUUUCAAGAAAUUUUUUGUGGUUAUUCUGAC